AUGCACUCUGGUAUGGAUUUUGCCGGCGUUGUUGGGUCUACCCUCUAUAUGCCAACAGAGGUGGAGCUUCCAGCGGUUAGAAUAUUUCUCAAUGAUCAUGCCAGUGAUUCUCAAAAGUAUGUCUACAACACCAUUAGUGCCUUGCACAAGGGAGCUGCUCUUUUGCCAGUCAAAAAGGCAAACAUUGCUUCCAUGGAUGACACAACUGAAUGGUUGGUUGAAGGAUUGAACAAAGACAAUAUUGACAAAGUUCGCUUCACAGCUAUUUCAUCAUACACUGGCAAGGGAACCAGAUCACUCUAUCGCACUACUGCCAACAAUGCAUCUAUGGCAACUGGCAUUAGAGUGAAGCUCAGUAUAGUUAUGACUGCUGAUGGCUGUACAGCACCUCUAUUUGUAUCAAUUACAGGAUUGAAUGAAAGAGAGUUGUCCAAUGAGUCCGGAGUUGAAAUUCUGGAAAUACCCGGUCUAUGCAUUGGAGGCGGCGGUCAAGCUUUGUUUAGCUCCUAG